AUGACCAGAAUUCAAUCAUCUUCUGGGGAUGCUUCAAAUUCCACGGAAACUGUCUUGGUGACUGGAGGCUCCGGUUUCCUUGCAUCCCAUCUAGUCCGUGAGCUGUUGAAGCAAGGCUAUUCUGUCCGAGUCACUGUUCGAUCCGAGGCUGUUGCAAAGAAGGUCCUCCAAGCACACGCCCUGGACAGCCAGCGGCUUUCAUACAUCCUGGUUCCAGAUAUGGUUCUCCCAGGUGCGUACGAUGAAGCUGUUCGAGGUGUCACCGGGGUGUUCCAUUUAUCUUCCCCUUGUACAUUUCUUGCGAAAGACAACGCCAAGGAUCUUCUUAUCCCAGCCGUAUCAGGGACUCGAGGCAUUUUCCAGUCCAUCAAACAGCAUGGUCCGGAUGUCAAGCGGGUUGUUUUGACAUCGUCAAUGGCGGCCAUGGUCGAUCCUAAGAUUGGCAUGGACCGUGGCCAUUUAUACACCGAAGACGACUGGGCUAAAACAACUUGGGAUGAAGCAGCCAAGUUGUCCCCAGUUCAAGGAUACCUUGCUAGCAAGCAGCUUGCCGAGAGGGCGGCAUGGGAUUUUAUCCAAAAUGAGCAGCCUUCGUUCGACCUCGUCACACUUUGUCCCGGAGUUAUCAUGGGACCAAUGAUUAUUCCAACCCACGAUCUGUCCACCAACAUCUCCCAUGCCUCCGUUCACCAGUUAAUGAAAGGAAAGCUAGAUACCCCAGGAGAAACACCUUUUCCAUUCUACAUUGAUGUCAGAGACGCAGCUCAUUUUCAUACCCGAGCAUACGAAGAAGUCGUUGCCUCUAACCAAAGAUAUGCGAUAACAUCCGGCAUCUACAGUCAGCAGCAGAUUGUUGAUAUCAUGAGAAAACACUUCCCCUCUCUCAAGGAGCGCCUUCCGGCUGGAAGAACUGAAGAGAGUGAAGUGGCCAGGGUGGAUAUCAGCAAGGCAACUAGAGACCUUGGGUUUGCUCCGAGGGGUCUUGAAGAGACAAUUGUGGAGACUGUCGGUUGCUUUUUGGAAAUUGAGCAAAUUGGACAUUCUACCGUUUAG